AUGGACCGACCGCCUUCGUGCCAUCAAAAGCCAUCAAUUGUUCGAGAAAUUAGGACACCCUGGAGACUGCCACAUGCGCACAGUUGGUGGAACGGCAACACAACAAUGGGAAAACUUUGUUUUUAUUUCUGCUCUUGUAACCUGGAAGUAUCCUUAGGAUCGUCAAUGAUCAAUUUUUUUUAUCCCAACAUUUCGCCUAAUUUCCUACUUCUUAUAUUAUCACCAUUUAGAGAUGAGAUUACGUGCCUUUCAUUCAAUAAGCGAGUUUGCUCUAAUAAAAAAAAUACAAUUAGGCAAAUAACAUUGUUAAAAUUUCAGCCUCUACGUUCGCCUGGGUACAGCACUUUUGGACCACAAUUGGCCUUAUCUGCUGACGGCGACACGUUAAGUGUACAUUCACGAAGUUCUUUAAGACGUUCCCUAUUCCAGCUGAAUGACAAGUAUGAGGCAGAUAUUCAUAAAAUGGCUCGUGAACUCGAGGGCUAUCGUCAGACAAUCAGCAAGCUAACGCGAAAGCAGGAGGACUAUUCGCAUGUUAUGGAGAUGUUCCAGAAUAAGUUGUCGCAGCUGAGCAAACACGUCGAAAAAUCGCUGCUUAGGCCUGACGAUCUGAGCAAACUUCGCCAAGAAAUUGAUCAACUGCGGAUAGUUAGCACGCGGUUAGCGCAGGGUGGAGACGAAGGAGCUGGUGAGCUUCUUCGACAACCGUCCCUGGAGUCAGUGGCAUCACUGACCAGUCAUCGGUCAUCAAUGUCCUCAUCAAGCAAGUCGAGCCGUACUGACAAGAGUAGUUUGAACAGUUUUGGGAAGACAAAAAAGAGCUGGGUAAGAAAGAAAAUGAAUUGGAAGCCAUUCUCGAAAAAGAAGAGCAAAAAUGGUGGGAUAUCGGAUACAGAAGGGCUUGAUGAAGUGGAAGUGGACGAGUUGAAGAAGAAACUUGAGGAUCGUGAUGUAGCGUUGACAGAUAUCCGACUAGAUGCUUUGGACAAAGCAAGAGAAGUGGAUAUCCUAAGGGAAACAGUUAAUAGGUUAAAGCACGAGAAUAAACAACUUAAAAGCGACAUGUCACGGCUGCUGGCUGGUCGCUGUUCAAGAGCAUCUUCACAAGCCUCGAUUCCCAUACUUGGAGAUGAGGAACCAGUUUACGAGGCUCCUCCCAUCAGUGCCUGCGGAAGUUAUUCGAGUAAUCGUUCAUCUGGCUGUAAUUCAGUCAAAGUGACGGUAAAUGUCGACUUACGCGGAAUAAUAAGCAACGCGAUUUGUCCUGAUAACGAGAUCAUUAUCGGGUUUCUCGAGAUUCCUGGGAAAGGUGUUUCCUGGGAGGAAUUAGACCAACAGAUCUUCUCGCUCUUCGAGGCCUACAUAGCUCGUAUUGAUCCCGACCGUCAUCUUGGUUUACAUUGCUCGGAAAGUGUUAUUGGCUAUCAAAUGGGAGAAGUGGUUCGUGAAAAAGGAACCGCCCACCCUGGAAAAGUGCCAGGGGAAGUGUUGACGCCAACUACUACGGUACGGAUGUUUCUAAGAGGAGCUGCUCAGUACGCUGUUGAUUCUCUUGUUCUCGAAUGUCUUUUUCCGCGGACAAUGCUUGAACAGUUGCUCAAAUUCUUGCUCUCUCAUCGACGCCUUGUACUUUCUGGUGCUACUGGAAUAGGAAAGAGCAAUCUCGCUCGUCAACUCGCUGCCUACCUCUCAGUGAGGAUUGGCCUCGAUCGCGAUGGCGUCGUCGACGUGAAGAUACCGGAGGAUGCCAGUGACAAGGGAAUCGUUAAGGUUGAGAAACAAUUGGAAGGACUUUUGAGAUCUGAGGAGUCGUCGGUAAUCCUUAUCGAUAACAUCCCUAGGCACCGAAUUGCGUUCGUUUCCUCCGUCUUCUCAUCUGUUGAGCUUAAUGGUCCGUUCGUAAUCUGUACGGUGAAUAGAGCGUGUCAACUACCAGAAAUGCAAGUGCAUCACAAUUUUAAAAUGUUCUUGCUCACAAAUCGCAUGGAUGGAGUUAAAGGUUUCAUGGCGAGAUUUUUGCGCCGCAGAAUCGUCGAGGCUGAAUUUCGGCUGUCCCGUCAAACGCCUCCGGAACUGAUGCGCGUGAUUCAAUUUCUGCCUAUUGUCUUGCAGGCCGUGAAUUCGUUCAUCGAGAAGGCGAACUCUCUCGAUGUUACCAUUGGGCCACGAAUCUUUCUACAGUGCCCGCUUGGAACCGAAGACUCGCGCACAUGGUUUGUGCAGCUGUGGAAUCAGAAUAUUGUGCCAUACAUGAUUAAGGUAGCCAGAGAAGGUGUAAAAGUACUUGGACGUUGUGGAUCAUUCGAGGAUCCGACGGAUAUUGUAUGUGAGCACUGGCCGUGGUUGGAAGGUCCAUCAGGAGAAGAAUGUCUGCAUAGGUUAUCGAUUAAGGAGACCAUUGCACAGGCGAUGCCAAAGCAACCGUUCAACCCUCUCGACACACUCAUUCGGCUUCAAGCCAGUCGUAAUGCUGCCAUCGAUAAUAUUUAA